AUGUCUUCGAAAUCGUUUGUCAUUCGGACUCCCUGCUCGUCCGCAAACAUCGGUCCUGGCUUCGAUGUCAUUGGACUGGCAUUGUCUCUCUACCUCGAGCUAAAGGUGAUCAUCGACUCAUCAAAGACGUCGUCGCAACAGCCACUCAACUGUGCUAUCACAUAUGACGACCAGAGCAACAGCUCCGAGAACAUCAGUCUGGACCCGGAGGUCAACUUGAUCACACGUGUAGCCCUGUACGUACUUAGAUGCCAUGACCAGAGAGCAUUCCCUGUUGAGACCCGGGUUCACAUCGUAAAUCCCAUCCCGCUGGGUCGGGGUCUUGGUUCAUCAGGAACCGCAGUGGUUGCGGGUGUCAUGCUGGGAAACGAAGUAGGUCAGCUUGGGCUAAGCAAGGAUCGACUGCUUGACUACUGCUUGAUGAUUGAGCGUCAUCCGGAUAACGUCGCUGCUUCGCUAUUUGGAGGUUUUGUCGGAACAUACCUAAAUGAGCUGAAGCCGGAAGACGUAGCACGCAAGGAGAUUCCUCUCAGUGAAGUGCUUCCCGCCCCAGCUGGUGGCAUCGACACGGGUAAACAACCACCAGAGCCGCCUCUCGGGAUCGGUCAUUACAGGAAGUUCCACUGGGCCAAGGAAAUCAAAGCAAUUGCCAUCAUUCCUGACUUUGUGGUGCCCACUGCCAAUGCUCGAAACGUCCUACCUACAAGCUAUUCACGCGCUGACGUGGUCUUCAAUCUGCAACGAGCUGCUCUACUUCCAGCAGCCUUGGGCUCCUCCCCGCCUGAUCCAGAUAUGAUCUAUCUGGCUAUGCAGGACAAGGUCCACCAGCCUUACCGUCAGACACUCAUCCCUGGCCUUACAGAGAUUCUCCGUUCUAUGACGCCAAGCACACAGCCUGGUCUUCUCGGAAUCUGCUUGUCUGGAGCCGGACCGACUAUUCUGGCGUUGGCCACCGAUAGAUUCUCCGAGAUUGCGGAACUCAUCAUUGCUCGUUUUACUUCGCAGAACAUCUCCUGCCAGUGGAAGCUUCUUGAACCUGCUCAUGAUGGGGCCAUAGUGCAGCACUGA